UAUUAUUGUUCUUUACUCGUGUCGUAUAUUCGUGUGCGGUUUGUCCUUACAUUAAUUUUACGAUUUGUUCUGUAAGUCAAGAAGUUCAGUAGAUUUUUUGUUCACUAUUAUUUUUAAACUAAAAUUAUGUCGAAAGAAGAGCUUCCUUUUAAGCCAACGUUUAUAGUGAAUACUCGAAGACAAAUCGUACGCAACUUUACCUUGCAUCCAUUGCCAAACUUACAGGUAUUACCUAGUGGAUGGCAUAAAAAAAUGUUUCUAAAAGCAACUAAUAAACUGAAAAAAAUACACGUGAUUUGGAAGAAUAAAAGAAUUCAAAUUUCUCAGGAUCUAAAACGUAAAAAACAGUUAGAACUUCAAAUACUUGCUGAAUAUCUUUUCAAAGACAAAAAAUGUAAUUACGAAUGUUAUUUACGUGGCUUGUUUUCAAACGAACGGUUGGAUUCUAUAGAGAAAUAUAUGAAAAUGUCAUUUAUGCGCACUUUAAACGAAAAAUACAUCUACGGCGUCAAAGUGAUAAAAUUUGAUAGGAAAGGAUACAAACAAAGAACUAGACUUUUGAUACUAACAAAUAAAUCAUUGUGUUUAAACAAAAUACUCAAAAACAAAUUAAAACCCAAAGAAAAGAUACCGUUGAAUUUUAUAAAAAAAUUGGAAGUCACUUCGGGGAUGGAUAACUUUUUACUCAUCAAAAUAUCGUCUCAAUAUCCACACAACAAAGGAGAUAUCAUUCUUGAAGUCCCAUAUUUAAUAGAAUUUGUUACUAAAUUCAUUAAUAUCUCGAAAAAUUGUAAGCUGUUGAAUAUUAACGGUUUUGGCAUUAAUCAAAAGUUAUUUCAUGACAUAAAAGGUUCCAAAAGUGGCGUGAUCGAAUUGAAAAAGAGCAAUUCUUUGCCCAGUGUCACCAAGGGCAAAAAUAAAAAUUUGAUUGUUUGUGGAUGAAGUGGAAAACAAUAUAAUACAUAUCAAUACUCUA